UUAAAAACAAAACAAUAAAUGUAUGGCUUGCAAUCAAAGUGGUGCACUGUACACGAGCGAAUCACUCUUUUGAAUCGUUUCUUUGUGCCGAAUCUGCCAAAACGGUUCACUUGAUUAUUUUGCUCUGAUUCAAAACAAUCAUGUCAAAUCCUCCUUCAUUUACCAUGACCGAAAACUUCAUUAAAAUUGCAUGCAAAUACAUCGGUCCACCGGGGAACCUUUUUUCCCCCCUGCAUUAGGCAACGUCUUUUUUGACAGCAGUGGCAUUUUUAAACGGUUUCUACAAAUAUUCUAGAUGAAAAACAUAUAGAAAACAUUUUUUUUUCUUUAGUUCAAUUAGACGACUGACCACAGGUUUUGGAAAAUAUUCAAAGCCAUCUAAGCUACGUAUUUGCAUAUAUUCUCCAAGGCGGAGCGCGCGGGUAGCUCGCGUCCUCUCGGGGCCCGUCUCAAAUCCUAGCCCGCCGGGCCUCGCUACCUAGGCAGCAUCAGCUCGCGCCCGAGGCCCGAAAGCGCGGUCUGUCUAGUCAGCUCACUAGAUUUUGAAACAGUCCCCGCGUGUGUGCGGCUCCAGGGAGGAUGGUUAGGUAACAUCCGCAGCGCUGAACCGGGAAAGUUGUUUCCUGAACUCUUGGCGCAGUUUUGUUGAAGCCCGGCCCUGCCGCACUUCACAGUCGCACAGGAAAAGAAAGACGGAUGCGGGCGAAGGGAGGCACAUCGAAACGAAAGGACAAUAUCGAGACAAAUGACGCGAGACCAUGGACGCGUUGGACACGACAGCAUCGCGCGGGGACGAGCAGCACGACGUGGGAGCUGAGGCAGACCUGCAGACGCAGCUAAUCGAGUGUCGAGCUCAACUCGAGCACUGGCAGGGCGUGGCGAGGAUCUGCGAGCUUAGCAAGCAGGAGGAGCUCCAGGAGCUGCAAAAACAAUGCGACCAGGAGAUUCAGUCCUUGCAGGAGGCUCUGAGAGAAACCGCUGCUCAGUAUGAGGUCAGAAUAUCUGUUCUGCAGUCAGAACGAGCACAGUGGAGGAGAGCCACUUCAUCCCAGAACACUAAGGGUAUCUUUAAAAAGGUGGAGGGUAGCUCUCCCCCACAGGGUGGUUCCCCUCCCCUGCGGACUGCUGAGCAUGAGGGGUCAGGUUCAGACUCUGAUCCACUGGAGCUGUUGGCGGAGACGUCAGAUGCAGAGACAACAGGCCUUAUGAUGGACUACUUUCCCCAGCACUGUGACUCUGCCUCCCUGUCUUCUUUCUCUCUGGACACGCCCUCUUUGCCCCGACACCGGCCCCCUCAAGACGACACCGCCUCCCUGGUGUCCACAGGAACCCUGGUGCCUGAAGCCAUCUACCUGCCACCUCCGGGCCACAGGCUGGUCACGCAUGCAGACUGGGACAAACUGCAAGCACAACUUGUAGAGCUUCAAGAGGAGCUGACAGAACUUCAAAAGCAGAAAACUGAGCUGGAGAAAGAACUGGAUGUGCAAAGUACAGAGACACAAAAACAGUUGUCGGUACUUCAGUGUCAGGUGCAAACCUCUGAAACCCUUCUUCAAGACCUACAGAAAUCAUUUAGCCAGUCACAAAAUGCGGUCCAGAGCAGAUUGGCGGAGCUGUCUUACUCUCAGAAGAGAGUUUGUAAUGAGCUCUCCAAGUUGAAAGGUGAAGACGCUGAUGUGGAUGAAAAUAGCCUACCACCCCACAGUCCAACACUAGAGGCAGCUCACUGUGAGGAGAGACUUCGUAUUGAAAUAGUCAACUUACAGGAUCAGCUGGAGACACGCACGGAAGAAAGCGAAAUUUUAGAAGUUAAGCUUGCCAGCCUCACAGUAGAGACAGACCGCAUACAGAUCCAAAAGGAAAAGCUGGAGGCUGAGCUGCAGGAGUGUCGAGUGGAAGUGCAGGGUCUGCGGGUGGCGCUUUCUCACCUUCAGAAGGACAACAGAUCUCACGUCCAGGAGAAGGCGGUACUGCAGCAGCAGUGUUUAGAGUACCGCAGUCAGGUGAUCAGUCUGCGCUCUCAACUAGAUACUAGUCAAACCGUGCAGAAGGAUUUCGUGCAGCUGUCGCAGUCACUGCAGGUGAAAUUGGAGCAGAUUCGCCAGGCAGAGUCUUUAAACCAAGUGAAGCACAUUCUAGGGGAGGAGAUUGAAGACGCUGAUUUGCCUGCAGAUGCCACAUGAAACAACAAAAGUAUAGGUGAUGUUUUGGCCAACCAAAGGGAAGAGACUCUGGUGGAUAAGGAGGUGGUCCUCAAAAAGGGCCAAGCUGAGGUGGGCUGCCUACACGAAAAAGAAAGCUACAGUGACAUGAAGAACUAAACGGCCUUUCCUGCACUCAUGAGUCCACCAUUCUUCUAAUGAGCUCAAACCAUAUGGGGAAAACACGAUUCCUUAUCAAUUUGGACAAACUGGAAUUGCUAAUACUUGAAUUUUGUGAAAAGCUAAUACACUGACUACUAGAUGACUAGACUUAAUUCCACUGCAGUGUAAGUUUUAUCUUCCUGGCCUUCCUAAUAGAUACUGUUGGAUAUAUGUUACUCAUCUUCAGCACCUGUCACCAGCAAAAUAAAAACCAAAAACUUACUGUGGAUGGAUACUGGGGGCAAUUGGUACUUUUAGAUUAUGUAUUCUCUUCAGAUUACUACUGAUCUACCUGUUAUCACAUGUGCCAAAGUAACACUAUCAAUAAUGAGAAGGACUAUCAUAGUAUUUAACGUCAUUCCACAUAAUAUCCAAUUAUUUUUCGUCUUUGUAUGAUAAUUCUUUCAGCUAACUAGUAACUGCAUUAUAAUUGUUUGAAAUGAGAUGCAACCUUUUUAAUACCAUAUUUCAAUAAACAAAGUGUAAUUAGCUGUUGACUAAAUGCUAGUUUUAAAAAUAUAUAUGUGUUUUAAAGAUUACAUCUUUAAAUUCAUACCAUUUUUAUGUUACAAUUACCCCCAGUUUCAAAGCCAUGAUGAAAUCUUUUGUGAUAUCCACCAGCAACAGUGUUAGCAUAUUGACUUGAAGCCAACAACCAAGAGAUACAAUAAAUAUUACUUGAAAUUAAAUACAUUUAGUAAUAUUAGAAAAUAUUGCACCGUAAAAUAUUUUUGUAGCUGAAAUGGUUUUUGUUGAAACCAUUUCAAAGUUGGAACUUCUGCUGAAAAGACAGUUGCCCCCUGCUAGAAUACUACCUACCCUACUAUAAUUAUUUGUGCAUUCAAUUUAAGGCCAAAGUCACUUUACUCUAAAGAGCCAUCAUUUCAUUAUGAAGCAUCUGGUGCCUGAGCCAGUGAACAGUGGAAGAUCAAUGUAUGUUAAAGAGAUGAUGAAACACUGUUUGAAUGGGGCAAAUAAAUGUUAAUUCAUAUUUAUGUAGCACAAUGUUAGUAACAAAUCUGAGUGCAUUACAUAUGUAUGAAAAAUAAAGAUUAAACUAAAAAACAA